AUGGAGGCUCUGGUUCAAGCUUUAAUUGAGCAAAACAAACUUUUAAUGGACAGAUUGGCGGUUACGCCAGAAACGAAACCAAAUGAAGGUUCAAAAGUUUCUGUUCAUUUUGAAAAGUUUGAAGAAGGUCAGGAAAGCUUCGAUUCAUUUCUUGAACGCUUUGAAGCAUAUUUAAAGGUUCAAAAUGUUCCUGAAGACAGACGUGGGUUAGCUUUUAUUUCAAAUUUAUCCCCGAAAAUGUAUAAUUUGCUCAAGAACCUGCUAGCUCCUGAUAAUCCUUCGGAUAAAGAUUUUGAUUGCUUGAAAACUACUUUAAAAGAGCAUUUAAAUCCGAAACCACUAAUUAUACCCAGUAGACAUGUGUUCUUAAAUCGCAAGCAGCGGGAAGGGGAAACGGUUAGUGACUAUCUAGCUGAGUUAAGAUCCCUUUCAGUUCCGUGUUGUUAUGGGGAAGCCAUGCUCAAUGUAAUGUUAAGAGAUGUGUUUGUUAGUGGGUUGCGGGAUAAAGCUAUUCUUAAUAGAAUUUUUGAGGAAGAUGAUACGAAUUUAGAAGGAACGCUGAAAAUUGCUUUGGCUAUGGAAAAAGCUCUCAAAGGUGCAUCUGAGCUUUUAGAUAAAACAGUAAAUGUCCAUCAGAUGGGAGAAAGGAAAAUUGAGAGGCCAGUAACAUUGGCAACCGACGCGAGUCCAGUAGGGUUAGGCGCGGUGCUAUCCCACAAAAUGUCCGACGGAACAGAAAGACCUAUAGCUUUUGCAUCAAGAACUCUUAACAACGCAGAGAAAAAAUAUUCACAAAUUGAUAAGGAAGCCCUUGCAAUUGUGUGGGCAGUUAAGAGAUUCUACCUAUACCUAAAGGGACGAAGAUUCAUUCUUAUAACUGAUCACAAGCCAUUAGUUGCAAUUUUUGGAUCGAAGAAAGGUCUACCAAUUUUGGCAGCAACACGACUUCUUCACUAUGCUUUGACUCUUCAAUCCUUCCAAUUCGACAUCAUCUACCGUAACACCAAGGACCAUGGGAAUGCUGAUUUUCUCUCAAGGUUACCGACUCAGUCAGAAGAACUGGAAGUCCGAGAUGAUGUUACGCUCUUCCAACUGCAACAGAUUGAGACACUUCCAGUCACUGCCAGGGAAUUAGCCAAAGGAACAGAGGAAGAUGAAGAAAGCAGACCACUGUUGCAGGCACUUCGAAGUGGAGAGGGUCUAAAGGGGAAGGAAGCGGAAUACAGUCUCCAAGAUGGUUGCAUCAUGUACGGAUCUAGAGUCAUGGUUCCAAAACAAUUCCAGAGCCGGGUGCUACAGGAGUUACACGAAGGGCAUUUAGGGAUUGUAAAGAUGAAAGCCAUAGCAAGAUCAUUCGUGUUUUGGAAGAACAUAGACAAGGAUAUAGAAGAAGCAGUAAAGAAUUGUGUCCACUGCGCGCAAAUUAAAACAGAUCCCCAAAAAGCCAAAGUCCACCAUUGGGAGUACCCAAGCAAACCUUGGGAGAGGCUACAUGUUGAUUUUGCUGGGCCAUUGUUCGGAUAUAUGUAUCUGAUCAUCGUGGAUGCACAUUCUAAAUGGCUGGAAGCGUAUCCAAUGAAGAAUACAACAGCAUUGAAGACGAUCGAGUGUCUUAGGGACUGCUUCGCGAGGUUUGGACUUCCACUGAUGAUAGUUAGUGACAACGGGCCUCAGUUCAAGUCCGAUGAAUUUAAGAUCUUCCUGAGCCGAAACGGGAUUAAGCACAGACCUUCAGCUCCAUUCAAGCCUUCCAGCAAUGGUCAAGCUGAAAGGUAUGUGUUUACCGUCAAGCAAUCUCUUCGCGCCAUGAAGGAGUACCCCGGCACCAUCCAGCAAAAGCUCAGCACCUUCCUGAUGCAGUAUAGGAAGGCUCCGAACAUGACAACCCUCCACAGCCCUGCAAUGCUGCUGAUGAAGCGUGAGAUCCGGACACGCAUCGACCUGGUGAAACCCGAUCUGCACGCCAGGGUCCAAGACAGGAUUAGGAAGGAUAACUUUCAGUUCUCGGAUCGUGUCUUUCGCAUAGGGGACAACGUGGCAGUGCGCAACUACCGUCACGGUGAUAAAAGGUGGAAGUUCGGGAAAGUAGUCAGUAAAGACGGACAACUCCACUAUACCAUCAACGUAAAUGGGCAACUGUGGCGGCGCCACGUUGACCAAAUGAGGGACGGUGGGAAUCUGGAGAACCAGGAAUGGGAACGAAUCGGCAAGGCUCCAAAUCUUGCUUCCAGGGCCCACUGUUCUACUACGACAACAGCAGCGGAUGCUACAACAAAUGGGAGUUCAGCAGAGCCACCAGCUGAACCAGUCGUCUUGCCGGCCAACACCAACCAGGCCGAACCAGCGACGGAUGGCAACACCACCGCAGCCAGUCCUGUGUCGUCAACAGCAGAUCCGCCUCCACUGCGCAGACCCACAAGAUCUAGAAAAGCUCCACAGAGACUGGAUUUGUAA